AUGGCUGACUUGAAGCAGUACCUUAAGGAAGCUAAGAACUAUUUGGCUAGUGAGGAUUAUGAAGAUUCGAUCGAAAGCUGCAAACAAGCGUUGAAGCUCGACAAAAACUGCUAUUUUGCGCAUGUGUUUCUCGGCAAGGCUCUUUCCUGCGUAGAUAAGCUAACAGAAUCAAAGAAUCACUACCAGCUGGCCAUUGGUCUAGAACCAGACAAUCUGCUGGGCUGGAAAGGGCUUUUCAUGUUGUUCAAGAUCAGUAAUAUUGCCCCAAAGGUCGUAUCCUUUGACGAAUAUUUCAAUCUAUGUGGAGAAUACGCCGAGCUGCUGGUGCAGAAACAGCUGCCUUUAGUCGAUCUUGUGAACGAAAUAAGGAGCUUCAAGAACUUCUACAAAGACUGUCAGGAGUCGUAUUUGCGUCAUAUGCGUCCGGGAACUCCUAUGGCAGAGACGCUCUCACGACAUCUGAUUAGCCCACAGGAUGCGCUUCAAGGUCUUCUCAACAUUGUUUGCUCGGAAGAACAGCAACAAGUGUCCAAAUUGGUCAGUCGAGAAAGGCUCAAAAUCAGUGCUAAUCAACCCGAUUAUAAUGUCAAAGUUAACUCGAUCGCAUGGGAGGUCUACGAAAAUUCGGAGGUUGACCAACUUUAUCAGCAACUCAUCAAUAUCACAGAUGAUGACGAAAAAAGACGUUCUCUUGAGGCCAAGUGGCUCGAGUAUAGAAUCAAGGUAUUGCGGUCGAUGCCUGUACAUAUGAAACCUCUAUUUUUUGUGAAAGUGAAAAACAUGGUCGAAGAUAUGGUCAUUGUGAAUCACGAUUUCCUGCUGGCCUGGCAAUUGUACUUCGAAUGGCAGGAUUGCUCAAAUCUUAACGACAUGGAUGUGAACAUAAUUUCCAGGUUCAUGAAGAAGUUUCCUAGGGAACCCUUGGCCGCCAUUCUAUAUGCCUGGGUUUGUUCCGAGCUGUCAACUUAUAAUGCUAAAGAGUUUUAUGAGAGAACGUUUCAGGAUGAGCUUAAGAACGGGCAAUCUUCCGCUGUGGAAACUGUUAUGGAUUCUGUCGAUGACGAGGUAGAUGAGUCUGAAAGACGAAGGCUUCAACAAUUGGUUGAUCCAGCAAUGGAAGAGCCAGCUUACGGUCUAUCUGAAGACGAGGUUCUUUUAUCUCUUACAGACAAUAUCAAAAAAACGCAACAAAGUAUCGUGGCUCAUCGAAUCGUCUCCCACUAUUACAUUUCCAUGCACGAAUAUGAGCCGGCUUUACAGUAUGUUAAGGCAGGAACGGUUCUAUGCGCUCAGAAUGUCAAAAGUAUUGGAGCGCACCUCAGUAAUUCCAAGAGAGAGUUGACCUUGGAUUUGGCGACAACUUACACAUACUUUGAAGCUCCAAAAAAUCACCCAACUGCACUCGCAUUGUUCGAUAAGCUAUUAUCAGAGGACUCAGACAAUGUUAAUGCUAAAAUGGGCAAGGGUCUCAUUCUUAUAGAAAGGCAAAAAUGGCACGAGGCUUACGAACUAUUGAAGGCUGUAUCUGAACGCUACAGUGACAAUUACGAAGUACUUUCGGAACUCGCCUGGAGUGAACUACAUUUGAAUCAACCAGAAGUUGCAAUCGAAAAGCUCAAGUAUAUUUUGAACAAUGUCGAAGGAACAGAUUUGAAAGUCUUAGAAUUUAGAUCUUUGAAUCACUGGAGAAUGGCAAAAGCCUACAUCUGCAAGCAAAAAUAUGAAUCUGAGGAUUCCUCAGAAGAAAACUUUAAUGUAAAGCUCGCCUUCAAGCAACUUGUCCAAUCAGUUAAAGUUUCUGAAAAUUUUGCGCCUGGCUAUUCAACCUUGGGAGACAUUUAUGCUGAGUAUUAUAAUGACCAAACUAGAGCUUUCAAGUGCUACUUCAGAGCCUUUGAGCUAGACCCUAGCGAUCUCACUGCUGCUAGAUACAUGAGUGAAAAGUAUUGCAAUUCUAGUAACUGGCACGCUGCAUCGCUUAUUGCUGAGCGCGUCGUAAAGGCCGAAAAGUCGAAGACCGCCUUGCAAAGCAUUAACUGGCCUUACCGUGUACUUGGCAUCGCAAACUUAGAGAAGCAAACCCAAUCAGAAUCUAUCGAAUGGUUCCAAUCGGCUUUGCGUGUUGAUGCUUCUGAUCUCGAAUCGUGGGUCGGUCUAGGGCAGGCAUACUAUUCAUGUGGUAGAGUCGAGGCUUCUAUUAAAGUUUUUGAAAAGGCACUAGAAGUAGAACCAGGUAAUUCCGACGCUCGGUAUUUCAAGGCUCUUUCUCUAUCGAAGAUGGGGCAAUACGAGGAAAGUCUUCAGAUCCUUCGUUGUCUCACGGAUGAAAAUUCGGUGGAGGAGAGCUAUCAAGUUUCGAUGGUCGAGAUUUGGGUCGAACAGUGCACUGUACUCUGCAGCCAAGGCUUUUUGACGAAAUCUGUAGCAGCUGCUGCUGAUGCUAUACGCCAAAUUGAAUUCAUUAUAGUGCACAUCAACCACAAAAUCCAAGCAUUGUGGCUGGCACUCUCCAAUGCCCUCAAGAUUUUUUGCUUGGUUCAGUCACAGGUUCAUCUGAUCCCUUUAGAGAGUCUGGUCAACAUUUUUGAAAAGGUAGAACUACGGAACACAGAAGAUGUUGAUCAGGUUGAUAAAGUGUCGCUUUCUUCUCUCUUGUCUGACCUUGACCAAGACAAUGUUGUCAUUGCUGCAAAAUUUUUGAUCUUAUCGGCUAAAUACGCGCUGGCAUCUUCCAACUAUACUGCACUAUCUCGAACUGUUCGCGCCUCACUGUGGUAUAAUCUUGGGAUAGUUGAACUAGUAACCUUCGUCAUCUUGAAGUCAAAUGAGUAUAGAGACUCCGCUAUUGUCAGCUUCAAGAAAUCUAUUGAAUUUCAAUCUAAUACUGCGGAAGCUUGGAUUGGAUUCGGUAUUGCGUCAAUAGACCUGAAUGUUCGAGUGGCCCAACAUUGUUUCAUCAAAGCAGCAGCGCUAGGUCCCAGAGAUACCAGCGUAUGGUACGAUAUGGCAGUACUGGCAUUGAAGUACAACGACAUUGAGUUUGCACGCGCUGUACUGAUGAAGUCCCAAAGCAUUGCACCACAGGACUCAACGCCAUGGUUAGGUUUGGCUCUUGCCUCAGAAAAAGAAGGACUUACUGAAGAGAGUACUAGAUUAUUUGCUCACUCUUUCGUCCUCUCGAAUGGAAAGUCGAAAGCGGCUCAAAUUUUGUACGCAAGAAGCGUAUUGAAUACAAGAGUAGGACAUGGUGAUGAUGAAAGAGACAUUGGACCUGGUCAAGAGCUCAGUGCGGUUGCAUAUGGUUUGGAUGAGUAUUUAAAGAAAAAUCCAGAUGACAAAUUUGCCUUACAGUGUGCUAUUCUGACUCUUGAAAGAUUGCGCCAUUUCGAGGCUGCCCGCAAGCUCUCUGAUCGCCUUCUUCAAAUUUUGGAGAAGCGAUUCGACAGAGCCCAAAACGACUCUGAACUGUUCCACUUUGCAACAAUUAAGUCCCAGAUGGCGCGUGUCCAACUUGGUAUGAAGUCCUACAGAGAUGCGAUUGAAAGUGCGAGUCUAGCUCAGGGCGUUUUGACUGAACACGACGGCGAUACUGCAAAAAAAUCGGUAAUAUCGAAUAACGCAGUGUUGGGCUUGGCCCACUUUUUCUUGGAUGAUUUUGAACAAACGCUGGAGCACUUCAGAAUAAUUUUAGAGCAAUCUGGUGAUUGUAAACAGCUGGUUAUAAUGAUUGCGAGAAUUUUAUUCAAUGUUGACUCCGAUGAAACACGCGACGUUGCCAUUAAAGAACUGGUGGACUACGUCAGUAUUAAUGGUCCAGAUCUAAUUGUUACGUUCACUAUUUCUGCGAUAACUAUAUUGGAAGGCCAACCAGAAGAACUGCAAACAAUAUUGACGGAACUAAAAUGCAUGCCGCUAAAAAACUUAAUCGCUGAUAGACACCGCGAUAUCCCGUUCCUCAUUGAGCAAAUAAAUACGAGAUUAUCACAGAAUGAAGAAACUCAACAAGAAUGGCAGAAAACAGCAUACUUCUUUCCCAAUGACUAUAAUUCAUGGCAAUCACUGGAUAAAAAGAUAAGAGUGCGCGUUUCAACAGAGGGUCAGAAUAUAAUAAGUGCAAAGAAGAUGAGUGAUUUUUGGUGUAGUUUGGAUAAUCUUUCCAACAUUCAAAGAUCACUUUUCUUGUGUCCCUGGAACACAGAGGCACUUGUUAAAAUGAAAGGCUGCUUUUGA